AUGGCAUCUGUCCUGGGGACCAGCAGAGCGUCCGGAGGGCUGAGCGGUCAACUCAAAUGCAAGUCCAAGCGGAGGAGGAGGAGGCGGGCCAAGCGGAAAGGCUAUGGGCCAAGUCACGGUUGGCUUGGACCUCUCAGGGUGGUGAGAGGGCCACGCCCACCUCCCCCCACCUGCCCCCACCUGCCCCUACCUGCCCCAUCCACAGCCAGCCACCUGCCUGCAGGCCCCUUUCCCACAGCACCCAGAGCUACCUGCCCCCUCCCCGGGGCUGCAAGCAGCAUCCCAGAUCCCCCAGCUGCACCCCACCUAUGCAAAGAGACUAGACUCCUGGCUUAUCCUCAAGAACAGUUAGGCAGGGAUGGAGAUGCGGGCGCUGGGGUCACGAGAACCAACACAGCAGCCAGUGUAAGAAUAGGUGUUCUCACAGCCAGGGCCAGAGCUUCCUUUUCUCCCAGGACAGGCAGGCCAGCCUGCCUGCUCACCAAAACACACGGGUGGUUCCUUGAGCAUUUCCCAAACA